UCACGCUCGCAGCAGCUGAGCACUUCCGCCGGGGGGUCAGGUUUCCCAUCUCUCCGUCAUUCGGUAUUUAAAUUGGACUGCAGGAUUUCAGCUGCUGCCCCACUCCGCUUUGCGCCGUGAAAGAAAAUAACACCAACCGCUAGCUGAAAGAGUUAGCUUUUAAAUUUGGGGCUCGAGAGCUACGGAAUCCAAGGAGGUUUUUGGGUUGUUUUGUAGAGAGGCUGAACAAUAACGGUGGAUGCAUAUUGACAGCUGCUCGGUGCAUCAUUUCUAGGACUUCUCUGCUAACAACCGGAUCAUAUUGAAUAGCGGUAACCUCUACCAGAGCGGAAUAAUUGCGAUUAUUUUCAAAGGGAGUUUGUUUACUGCUGCAGAUUAGUAAACAAAAACAAAGUCAUUGAAAGCAGAGCUGGGUUGCAUCAGUGGCCUGGAGCUGGAAGGACCAACAAGUCCGUUUAGGAAAGACAUUUAAGAUUUAAUUGAUGCAUAUUGCCAUUUCACUGACUGUUUUUGUAAAUAUGAGUAAAGAAUAAAAUAAUAUCCAAAUUAUAUCAUAAAAUUUAUUCAAAAGAUUUUCUGCAAGCUUAACGUAAAAAUUGAAUUCAGUUGAUUCUCCUGUAGCAUAGUCUAUAUUAAGCUUGGAUAAUUUUUAAAAGAUAGUUCUCUAGUUAUCUUUUAAGUGUUAUUUUUCUUUAAAAAAGUUAGCAGAAAAUAAUUCACCCUAUAUUCUAUAUUAUUUUUCUUCAUUUAUGCAGAAAUUUCCCCCUUUAUGCCACAUCUUCAAGUCAUAUUAGCCAUUCUGAUCCUCCUGCUCAAGAUAUUCUAAGAUCUUACUCCCUAAAAGUUGGUGAAUUAGUCCACCUGCAGGUAAACAAUGUUCAGCUGGCUUGGAACCGAUGACCGGAGGAAGAAGGAGCCAGAAGUCUUUCAGACUGUCAGUGAUGGACUGAAAAAACUCUACAAAACUAAACUCCUGCCUCUGGAGGAGAGCUACAAGUUCCAUGAGUUUCAUUCUCCAGCCCUGGAGGAUGCUGACUUUGACAACAAACCGAUGGUUCUACUGGUGGGGCAAUACUCCACUGGAAAAACCAGCUUUAUACGCUACCUGCUGGAGCAGGAUUUUCCUGGAAUGCGUAUUGGCCCGGAGCCUACCACGGAUUCUUUCAUCGCGGUGAUGCACGGAGACACCGAGGGGGUCAUCCCCGGGAACGCUUUGGUGGUCGACCCCAAGAAGCCCUUCAGAAAGCUCAAUGCAUUUGGAAACGCUUUCCUGAACAGGUUUGUGUGCGCCCAACUACCUAACCCUGUGCUGGAAAGCAUUAGUGUGAUCGACACGCCAGGAAUUCUGUCCGGAGAAAAACAGAGAAUAAGUCGGGAUGAGUUGUCAGGCUAUAGCUCUCUGCGUAGAUGUCCUUAUGGAGGCUAUGACUUUGCUGCUGUCCUGGAGUGGUUUGCAGAGCGUGUGGACAGGAUCAUAUUGCUGUUCGAUGCCCACAAACUAGACAUCUCAGACGAGUUCUCAGAAGUGAUAAAGGCCUUGAAGAACCAUGAAGACAAGAUUAGAGUUGUGUUGAACAAGGCGGACCAGAUCGAGACCCAGCAGUUGAUGAGGGUGUACGGUGCCUUGAUGUGGUCGCUGGGGAAAAUAGUCAACACCCCUGAGGUGAUCCGUAUCUAUAUUGGCUCUUUUUGGUCUCACCCGCUGCUGAUCCCCGACAACCGGAAGCUGUUUGAAGCAGAGGAGCAGGAUUUAUUUAAGGACAUUCAGUCUUUACCCAGAAACGCAGCACUUCGGAAACUCAACGACUUGAUCAAGAGGGCCAGACUAGCUAAGGUUCAUGCCUACAUCAUCAGUUCUCUGAAGAAAGAGAUGCCUACUGUGUUUGGGAAGGACAACAAGAAGAAGGAGCUGAUCGCCAGUCUGGGAGACAUUUACAAGCGGAUCGAGAGGGAACAUCAGAUUUCACCUGGAGAUUUCCCUAACCUGAAGAAGAUGCAGGAUCAGCUCCAAGCUCAGGAUCUCACCAAGUUCCAGCCUCUCAAACACAAACUUCUGGAGGCUGUCGACGACAUGCUGGCUAAUGACAUUGCUAGCUUGAUGGUGUUGGUGCGCCAAGAGGAAACCCAAAAGCCCAACCAAGUGGUGAAGGGCGGCGCAUUCGACGGCACUCUGAAUGGUCCGUUUGGGCACGGAUACGGAGAGGGAGCCGGCGAAGGCAUCGAUGAAGCAGAGUGGGUGGUCGCCCGCGACAAACCUGCGUAUGAUGAGAUUUUCUACACCCUCUCUCCUGUCAACGGAAAGGUGAUUGGGGCCAAUGCAAAGAAGGAGAUGGUGAAGUCAAAACUGCCCAACACAGUGCUGGGAAAGAUCUGGAAGCUGGCAGAUAUCGACAAGGACGGCAUGCUGGAUGACGAGGAGUUUGCUUUGGCCAAUCACCUGAUUAAGGUGAAGCUGGAGGGACAUGAGCUGCCCUCAGAUCUGCCUGCACACCUGGUGCCUCCAUCCAAGAGGAAAAUGCCUGAAUAAAUGGAAGAUUUGAUCCAUGCCUGGAGAAAACUGUAAAUGGAGGACUUCAACAUACAAAUGUCCCAAACAAAAAAGAAAAUCCAUGAUGUCAUUCAGUCCUGUUGUUUCUGUGAUUUCAUCGUCUUAAUUCAAAGCAAUACAAGCCCCAUCAAAAUAAAACCCAAUGAAUAAAUAAUUAACCUUGGAUUAAGGAAAAUACAGCAUCUGUGCUUUUUCCUCUCAUUAACAAACUGAAUUUUGGUGUUUUACACACAUUGUUUGUUGUUCCAUAUUUUUAGUUCUCCAGGUGAUGGUGAUUGCCUGUUUUUUUUCCAGGCCAACAUAAAUACUUCAAGAUUCCCUGGAAGGCAGAAAAAUCCAUAAGCAACACUGAAUUAAUCAAAUUCUGUUUUUUAUUGCUCCAAUUAGCUGAGGCCCUUGGCUCAACAUUUACAUUUAAUUAUAAGAAUAUAGAAGACCAAUUCACUAUUUUUUGUUUUGAUUAUGAAAUUGUUUUGAAUCUCUAACAUGCUCUGAUACUGUGACGAUAUUAACAAUCCAGUAUGUUUUGUCUGGAUGGAGACUAUAAAUGUUGAUCUUGCAGAUACUUGUCAUUUCUCUAGACUUGUCUUGGCUAUUGUAUGUACUCAUUAUUGAUGUAUGUACUCACUAUUUGAGCUUGUGUAUCAGUGUUAAUAUUUCUAUCCAGUAAUCAUCUCGCAUUUUCACAGAGUGUUAAACCUUUAGCGUUUUUUUAAAACAACAGUCCAAUAACAGCCUGAAUGAGCAAGUAUUCGCUAAAUAUUUUGUUCAAACAGUUGUUUAUGCUGAUAAACUUUACAUUAUUUCAUGUGUUAAACUUUAUUAGAAUGGUUCUAACAUCUUACUUUAGCAUUAGCAAUGUUUAAAGUUUAUCUUUUUCUGAUCGGUCAAUAAGGAGAUGAAACGCUUCGAUCUGAUUCCAGAAUAGAUGGAAAUCCUCACAGGUUGUGUUGGGAAUAAAAUGGGGUUGCAUAGUAACUGAAGUUUAUUAUUACAUUUUCUUUCAUUUAUAUUUCUCCACUUCCAUCAUGAAGUUUAUCAUUACUUAUUUUAUUCUAGGUAAAGAAAUGUUCGCCUUAGUAGAGUGAAGGCAGUAAAAGAAAAAAAUCUGUUUCUAUUUCAUAUUUUAAUUUAAAUAUAACGUUCUAAAUGAUUUAUAGCAGUUUAACAGCUAAUGCAUACAACUUCAUAGGGUAAGUCAAACCUGUUUUAAAUUGCUGGCCAGCUUUCUGCAGGUUUCCAUUGGUAUUUUAAUGCUAAUGAGGAACUCCAAGGCUUUUAAUUCACAAGGCUCUUUUCUUAUUGCCCUAAUUUCUGACUUUAUUCACAGAUUCUUACUGAAAUUAAGGUUAGUCAACAAGCUGAUGAUAAUAUAUGAUGAGUUAAACCUUAGUAUCCCUGCACAGAUGUGGAAAACUAUUUGGGAUAAACUGUAUGGAAGUUUAAGAGCAGAGACCCCACUGGCUCCACGCUUGGUUUUUUAUUCUGACAUGAUCAUGCUGCCCCAGAAUAAAAGUUUCUUUCUUACUGGGAAGUUUGUGCAACAAUAAAUAUAUAAAUACUCAAAUUACAUUAGUUUGUUAUUUUUACUUUUUCCUCUCUCUGGUCUUUUCCCCAAAUACAUUGCUAAAUGAUUAACAGCAUGCUGCACUUAUUACCUCGCUGCGUUUUACCAGAUUUCUCGGUUCUAUUGAAAGUGUGAAAGAUGUUUGUGGAAUGAGGAUUGCAAAACCUUUCGCUGGUUAGUGGAUUUCACAUGUUCACGGAUUGCAGCGUAACCGUAGUGACAAAGUUUGUGUUUCAGGGUGUUUCUGUCUCCGAUGGUGAUGCACUGGUUCAUUGUGUACUUCACUGCUUUUCUGUCCUCAGAAAAAAAGUUGAAAAACUAAAAUAAAUAUAUUAAAAAU